AUGGCUUACUCCAUCACCAUCGAUAACGCCUCCGAUUUCAACCCGAUAGCCACAAACCCAUCCCCCAAGGCGCCCCCUUCCGCCCUCAACGCUCGAACUCUUUUGCUGGCGCCGCCGUCUAUUGCGAGCCAUGAAGAACUACUUCGAAAUGUCCUUUCUUCAUACGACCGAAGCAUAACCGACCUGCAGAUGCUCGAUCGGCUUGCCGCGGGGUUCGUCACACUUCCAGAUUCCACCUACGACUUAAUCUUGAUCCUUACCGACGCCGACGGAUCCCGAAACGAAUCUGCGCAGCUCCUUGGUCGAGAUGUAUUUGGCAGGAUUGUUCGGGCGUUGAAGGCUGGCGGAAAACUACAUUCACAAGAUGGUACAUUUGGUCAAGAUCCGGCCAGUGCAGACCUCCGUGAGGCAAUCCUGGCCGGAUUAGUCGCAGGUGAAGGGGGGAUGGCCAAGCCUGACUAUAGUGCAGGUGAUGCUGUUCCUCUAAAGCUAAGGAGGAAGGAUAAGGGUGCUGCUAUUUCCAAGGCCGAGCCUGCAGUGACCGUAACUGCCGUUCCGUUGAAUGGAAAGCUGGAAAACGGUGUUGCAUCACAGAACAAGCCUGCGGGAGUAGGAUUUGUGGACUUCAGCGAUGACUUUGGAGAUGUGCUGAUCACUGGCGAGGAUGAUGAUGAUGAGCUGAUCGAUGAGGAUACCCUGCUUACGGAGGAAGACCUGAUGAGACCUAUCAAUAUCCCUCCCGAGUGCGCCCCACGCGCUGGAAAGCGCCGACGAGCCUGCAAGGAUUGCACUUGCGGAUUGACAGAGAGGCUUGCUGCUGAAGAUGAAGCUAAACGGUCAAAGGCAGACAGUCAACUCAAGUCCCUCAAGUUGGAAUCAGUCAUGUUGGAAUCGGAUGAUCUUGCCGAGCUAGACUUCACUGUCAAGGGGAAAGUCGGCUCCUGCGGAAACUGCAGUCUCGGAGACGCAUUCCGCUGUGACGGUUGUCCGUACAUAGGAAUGCCAGCGUUUUCGGUGGGCCAGGAGGUCCGCCUAUUGAACGACGACAUCCAGUUGUAA